AUGUUACUACGUAGCUGUUUACUCUUUUUAUCAUUUGGCCUGAAUUUUAUUUCCGCAUUUAAAUCGAGUACCCCCCUGCUGCCAAGUCUAUUUUUAAACUCUUCACUGGGUUUGCAAGUCAAUGGGCAUAACGGUGUGUGCAAAAAUAGAAGGAAUUUUUCGUUGUAUGGAGUUCCAAAGAAAAAAAGUUCGCAUCGAAGAACAAGAAGAAGGAAAGUCGCAUGGAUGAAGAAGAACCCCGCCAAGUUAUACAGGACAAGCUCCUACGACAUGGAUGAAAUAAUGCGGUACACUGACAGGAAACUAACGGCACACUACACGACGAGAGAUAGUUGGCUUAACCUCCCUCCAACAACCCUAAUUAAUGAUUUUUUUUUGUUUAGAGAAAUAAGAAGUUGA